AUGGCCGACGAAACAGAAACCCGGUGGACAACUUCCUCGGGCGAUGCUCCUCCCGGCCACGAGAACACCGCCUUUGAAUCUCAACCAGACUCAAUGCCCCCUGUGAUUAGGGGUUGGCACGCCCGACCAGCCCCCUGGCAGAUGCAAUUCGGCCCCCCCAGGAAGGCCAACCCCUGGUCAAACCGCCAGUCCAACUGCAGAACUUCACCCCUUACCACCGAGGAUGAUCUCAAUCUACUCCGCAUUGCCGUUGACUUUAAAGAUCGGUUUACUACCAUGAAGGGUAAUUACGUUCUUUAUGAGGCGAUUGCAAAAGAGCAUUCCGCUAUACUUGCUGUACCGGAAACUAGCCGUCCUAAAAGGAACGCUACCGAAGAUUCUAUUUUUGAGUAUGCCGGCAAGAUAUACGAAGCGCUACAAGAGCAUUCAGUAGCAGAGGCACGACGAAAGGAUCUCGUUGCUCGUGCAGUUACUAAGGCUCAGACACAUACCGACUCUGUGCGGGAUGAUAGAGCCGAUGAAUUAGUGCAACGAGCAAGGGACAAAAGGCCUAGAAGUCCGGAAAAUUCUCCGCGGGAAGAAAAUGAGCGUCCAAAAGCCCGGCCACGAAGGCUACCUCCCUCGCCAUCUCCUUCGUCGCCAUCACUAUAA